CGAACUGAACCUGAAACCACCGCGCACCCACCGGGCCCCAUCCAUCUCCAUUCCAUAUCGUUCAAUUGAAUCAAUUUCGCAUACAUCUUCCUGGCGAGCCGCGACCCACCACCACUACUGAGUAGUUCGGCAGAUCAGAUCAUGCCAUACACCAACCGCGGCAUACACCAGCCCCGCGCCGCGCCGCAAGAGCUUUUAUACCGCAUGUACAUAUACGUACUCGUCCAUCGGUUUCAGAGAUCCGAUUCCCGGGAUCGAAACCCCCUGGAGGAGAAUCGCUGCGGCUCCAAGCGAAGUGGUCAAAGACAACCAGCCAGCUGAUUUCCCCGCUUUUUUUCAGGUCGCCCCAACAUGACAAGAAGAGUCGGUCGGUCGACCUCAUCACACUGACACAACAACUCAGCUCGAACGACCCGAGUGACUCGAGUUGAGUACGAGAAUACGAAAACCCGUACCCCUCAUUUUUUUAAACCAAGGGAAAAACGAUCGCCGUCCGUAUACGUCUCCAAUCUUCCGACCACCGUUCCCUGAACUUAUAGAACCAUAAAGGAAGAGCCACGGCGAUUUUCUCGGUCUAUAG